AAUACCACGACGUGCGCACAAACCUUUGUUCAUACCCUCCAAUCAGCGAGAACAACACUCCAAUUAAUCAUCCUCACACCAAGCUCAGGAGCUCUCAGGAGAGCCGGCCAGCAGUGUGUGUGUUCGAAAUGGCCAACAACAAGAAGAUGAAGCUGGCGUUUGCUGCCCUCCUGGUCCUGGCCGUGGCUCUCGCCGCUGCCCACGCCGUGUGCGACAUGGACAACGACGACUUCAUGGCGUGCCAGCCCGCGGCGGCGGCGACGACGAGCCCGACGCCGCCGGACCCGUCGGCCGCGUGCUGCGCCACGCUGGGGAAGGCGGACCUCAAGUGCCUCUGCUCCUACAAGAAGUCGCCGUGGCUCAGCCUCUACAACAUCGACCCCAAGCGGGCCAUGGAGCUGCCGGCCAAGUGCGGCCUCUCGCCGCCGGCCGAUUGCUAGAUAUAUCGAGUUAUCGACCCAACGGUCCACCACUCAACUAAAGCUGUGCGCUCUCUAUACAUCCUCCUGUAAUUGAUGCGAUAAUAAUGGCUGGAGGUAUAUCCGUAUAUGUGCUACUAGCCGUAUGCUGUGUCUUGGCGUGGCGUACGUGUGAGAGUGAAAGAGUUUGUUGUCAUGAACGUGUGUGUGGUUCUGACUUGUAACCAGGCCCGUGGUUAUUACUAGUACUAAGUGCUCGCCUACACUCCGGGUAUCAAUUGUCAAGGAUUUGCUUAUGAUUUACAGCAGGCUCGCAGCAUACUCUUUCA